AUGGGUUCAUAUAAAAGUUCAUCAAAAUCCUCUUCGUCAGAAUCUUCUUCAAAAUCAUUAAUUUUAGGUUUCACUAAAUCAAUGGAAAAAGGAUCUUUUGGUGUUUUAUAUGCGAUGAUUAAAGGCAAUACAUUCCCAAAAAUACUAACAAUUUUAAGUAUUUUAAUAGAAUUUUGUCAAUUAUCAUCGUUUGGAUUUAAACAUCAAUAUCUGUGGGGUGGUUCAGCAGGUUAUUAUUUAAAAAAAAUAAUGUCACCAAUUAAUCAUCCAAGUUCAUUAGUUGGAUAUACUGGUUUUACAAUAUUCUAUUGGAUUGUAAUUGGUUUAUUAUUACUUGGUUUUUUAAAUAUUUGGUAUGUUGGAUAUCAAUUUUAUAGAGGUAAAAUCGCAAAUAUAUGGGUAAUUAGAACUUUACGUUGGUUUGUAAGUUUGGCAAUUGCCGUUUUAUUCAUACCAAUCACAUCAUUACUUUUAAUUGGUUUAGAUUGUGAUUACAGUUCAAGCACACUUAGAAGUUAUUCAAAUGAACAGAUCGAUUGUUAUAAAGGUCAAAAUUUACCAGUGGCAUUGGCCUCCAUUAUAUUAAUGAUUACAUUUAGUUUAGUAGGUUUUAUAUCAAGUGCAACCUAUUAUGAAUUUGAUACAAACAUUAAAUCUAGAUUUACAAAACCACAUGCGAGAUUUGAUGUUCUUGUGUUAUUUGGAAAACUUUUAUUAUCAAUUUUAAAUUCAUUAGUUGAUAGUUAUGCAUGGGUAACAUCGAUUGCAUAUUUCAUUAUAAUUAUUGUUUUAGCCGGAGGUUCAAUUAUUUUACUACCAUAUAAUAAUCAAAGAUUAAAUCAAUUAAAAAGUGGGUUUUAUAUGACAGUAUUUUGGAUAUCAUUUAUGACAUUGGUUACAGUUGGAGUAAAUGAUGAAACAUCAGGAGUAACAUGUUAUUUUACAGUGGUCGGUGUUUUUGCUGCAUUUCCAGUCGGUUACUUUUUAAAUAGAUUUUAUUAUAAAUGGUUAUGUAGAAAAACUAAAGGUAUUAAAAUACCAACUUCAGAAUCUGCUGAUUUUGUAAAUGAAAAGAAAAAAGAUGAAAUUGAAACUCAACAACAACAAUCACCAACAAAUAAAGUAAGAUGGGGCAAACAAUUACCAUCAAUUGGUAGUAAAAGACAAAUUGUUUUUCCAUUUUUUAAAAAUAAAUUUGUAUUUUCAUUCUUUGUUGAAAUCAUGGCAAGAAAAUUAUUAAGAGAUGGUGGUAGUAGUGGCUCCAGUGAUAAAGAAGAUAGUAUUUCAAAUUAUUCAGCCGAGUCAAUUGAACGUGCAAAUAAUCUAUAUCAAUGUGGUCUUCAAUACUUUCCAAAUUCAGAUUUAUUAUGGAUGGCAUAUUGUAAUUUCUUAUUCACAGUUAGAAAAGAUAGACAUAUUGGUUAUGCAGCAUUGGAGAAAUUAAGAAGAAUGAAUCCAUCAUUUGAUGUUCGUUUCUUUAUUUACCAACGUGAUAAAGAAAGAGAACAAUUAAUGGAUUCUGAUUUACGUGGUCCAGAUUCAAAUUAUGGUAAAAUUCAAGAUUUCGUCAGUUACAUGGAAUUUAAAAAGCUUUAUAAUAAUGCAAAAAGAUAUCAUGUUAAAUGUUUAACUUAUAUUAAAAGAUUUUGGGCACAUUUAUUACAUGAAACGGUUGAUCUUCAUCGUUUAUCAGAUUUAUCAGGUAGAAUUGCUAAUUAUGAAAAUAUUGCAAAUCAAAGUUAUGAACGUUUAUUAGCAUUAAAUCCAAAUUCAGUUAGAGUAUUACGUGAUUAUUCACAAUUCCUUGAAGAAGUUGUUAAAGAUAAAGAUUCAUCAUUAAAAUUACAAAAGAAAGCUGAAUCAGUUGAAGAGAUUAUGAGUAAAAGUCAAACUACAGAUUUUGAAACUAAUGAUAUUAAAAACUUGGAAGAUUCAGAAACUGAAGUCGAUAUUGAAAUGAAAAAAAUAGGUGGUAGUGGUGGUGGUGUUCGUAAUAGUAGUAUUCGUGAUAGUAAUGGUAUUCGUUGUAGUGGUAGUGUUCACCAUGAAAAAACAAAAUCAGAAUCAUCAAAAUCCAAAUCUAGUGAUUCAGAUGAUGAUAAUUCAUCCAGUAGUUCUUCAUCAAAGGGUAGAAGAAAUAAGUAUAGACAGUACCAACAAAGUAAUGCUAUCAAUAAGUUAUCAUGGUUAAUGAUUGUUACAACAGCAUGUUGUAUUGUAUAUUUAAUUGUAAUAUUAUUUGUAUUUAGGGAUAUGGAAACUAGACAUAUAAGCUCAUAUUCUAGUAUUUUAUCAAUUUUAGGAGCAGCAAAAGAAUCAGCAGAUUUAGGUAUUAAUUUCAAUGAAAUGCAAUCAAUUGCAUUAUCAACAGAAUUAACAAAUUCAGAAAUUGAAGAUCAAAUCAAUUCAUUAAAAGUAAAGAAUAAAAGAAAGAUAACUAUAAUGAAAAACAUUCAUAAUGCAGUUUAUUGGGGUGAGAAAAAUCCAAUUUCAUUCACUGGUGACAAUAUGCAAAGUUUAAAAAAGAAUCAUAGUAUUAGUGUUUAUGAUAUUGGUUCAUUAGUUUUCCCAUUUGACCAAUACAAUCGUUCAAGUGAUAUUAUAAAUGAUGCACGUUUAGAAUCAAUUUAUAAUGAACCUUCUGUAGAUAUGUCAAUUUAUAUUCAAAGUACCACAGAUACAAGUAGCAACAACACCGAUAACUUUGUAGUAUUAAAACAAAGUUAUAAUGCAUGGAAAGCUGGUAAUUCAUUUAUUGAAUCAGCAAUAAUUGUAAAUGAUUUUUCAAUUGAACAAUUUAAAAAUUCAUCCACCGAUUCAGAUUUUAAUUUCCUUGUAUUAAAUUCAGGUUCAUCAAUUCCAAAUAUUUAUAUUUCCAUUCAAACUGCAUAUAUUGAGUCAUUGGCAUCAAAUAUUAGAAAUUCAUUAAAUAUUAUGAUUUAUGUUUGGUUAGGUAUUUUCGGUUUCCUUGUGUUAAUUGGGUUGUCCUUAUUCCGUCCAGUAGUUCGUAAAAUUACACGUGAAAAGAUUCGUACAUUAAUUAUAUUUUCAUUGGCACCAAAAGAUGUUGUUGUUAAAUUAUCAACAAAGAAGAUUAAAAUGGUUAGUUUAGAUACUGGAAGUGAACGUGAAAAUUUAUUCGAUUCAAAUACUGAUGGUGAUAAUAAUGAUCUUUUAGAUGCUGAGGAUAAUAAUUGUAAUAAUAGUAAAAAAGAAACCAAACGUAAUACUGGUAGUGAAAAUCUUACAAUAAGUGUCCAACAAAGUGAUCGUCGUCCAUUAAUUGAUUCUACAGGUUUAUUAUCAUCAACAACAACAUUAAACUCUUCAAUUAAUGAAGGUAUUGUAAAUAAUGUAAAUAAUAAUAGUAAUAAUAAUAAUAAUAGUGAAGAAUGUUCAGUAUCAAAUAGAAAACCAACACUUUCAAAUAGAGGUUAUAAAAAUAAAAGACACCAAUAUAAUAUUGAUAGUAUAUCCGAGGUUGAUGAUGAAAAUAAUGAAGCACCACAAAUUAAAUACCAAGAUAAGAGAGAAAAGGAAGAAGAGAAAAAGAUUCAAUCUUUAAUUAAUAAUAAAAAGUAUGGUUGGGAUGGAACAAGUAAAAGAAAUUUAAAUAAGAAAUCAUUGAAAUCAGUUUUGAAUAGAUUACAUUUAUCAUAUGCAAUUGGAAUCUUUAUUUUAUUUGGAAUCAUUUCAAUGGGUUUAUGGGUCAGUUAUAGUGUAGUUUAUGAUAAUUCUCAAUCUGGUAAUACAUUGGGUAAAAGUGCUAUUAGAUCUUUACAAAGUCGUAUUAUAAAUCAUUACGUUUCAGAGUUAUUUGACACCGAUAACCCAGAUAUCGAAUCAUCCCAAUCAAUGAUAGAUACAAUUGAUCAAUUCCAAAUUAAUCAUCAAUCAGUACCUUACUUUGAUGAAGUUAGACCAUUGAUGGAGGGUAGUUUAUCAAAUGGUGAUGUUAGAGGUUGUUGGAUGUUAAGUGUUGACCAGUGUUUAACACCCGCCCAACAACCAUAUUAUAAUGAUGUUAGUUUAGGUUUAGAUAGAGUUGUAGAUUUGUACACUAAAAAAGUAUUGAAAAUUAUUUAUACCAAAGAGAAUGAAAGAUCUAAAAAAAGUGAUGAAUAUCAAUGGUUACAAACUGUUUCACCAAUAAUUAUGACAUUUGGUCUUGAUACUGCAACUUUCACCUAUUUCCUUUAUUACCUUUCAGCCCAAGAAUGGUCAACUAUGGUUUUAACAUCAAUUCUAGCAGUUAGUUGUGUUUUACUCAUAAUAAUUUAUCUAAUUCUAUUCCGUCCAUUCUUAAAAUUCUUACGUGUACAACAUAUUCAUACAUUAGCAUUAUUACGUUUGGCUCCUGAAGAUAUUAGAUAUAUGGAAAUUAGUGAUAAAAUAAUUGAUGAAGAUUAA